AUGGCCUCUUCAACCAGGCCCACACUCCUCUUCCUUCAUGGUGGCUGGCACGUCCCUCAGAGCUACCACAAGCUCACCGACGCCCUUCGUGCUGCCGGCUUCGAGGUGCAUAACCCUCGGUAUCUGUCCAUGAACCAGAGCCGGCCUCCAAAUGCCGACUUGAGCUCUGAUACCGAUCUUAUUCGGUCGUAUGCCACCAGCCUUGUUGAAGCCGGCAGGACCGUGGCAGUCUUGAUGCACAGCUACGGUGGUCAGGUCGGCACAAACGCGCUUCAUGGGCUGAGCAAGAAAGCCGGUGCCGCCAAAGGGCAGCAGGGAGGUAUUUCCCACCUGAUCUAUAUGGCUGCAUUCGCCUUGCCAGAGGGCAAGAGCAUGAUGGACAAAGUAGAAGAAUUUGGGCACAUGGAUCGGAUCCCCGUGGCUUUCGGCUUCGACGAGGACCAGAGCUGUGUGGCCAACUACCCCAAGGAGGGCCUCAUUGGGGAGCCAUAUGUCAAUGAGCUUGAUCCGAAGGAGCUUGAGGAAUAUGUUGGCAGCCUAGUUCGUUGGAAUGGGAAGUGCAUGUACCUGCCCAUUGAGAACACCCCUGCCUGGCGCGACGAGGCUGGUAUCUUCUACAUUUACACAGCUGGUGACGUUACGGUUCCUGUGGACUACCAGAAGAACAUGGUCGAGCAUUUGGAGAAGGAGGGCAAGACUGUGGAGACGGUUGAAUUGCAAACUGGUCAUUCCCCUAGCCUGACGGCGACACAGGAGGUGGUUGACGCAGUUCAAAUGUUGUCAAGUUCACCGCACACUGAGUGGAGGGCUCGGUCAAAUUCUUGUUUCUGGGUGAGCAGCAUAGGGUCGCCUUGUGUUCCCCAACAAACAUCACGUAGUUUUGUUGCCGCACGUUUGUCACACACCCGUGAUACUUGCAGUGGUCUAUGCCUUUGA